AAGCCUGCUAUGACCUCUUAAUUGCGGCAUAUAUUGGGGCAAUACGAGCAGGGCUCAUGCAUGUUAAUUCUACCAGCCGCCGACACUAAUAAGAUGGCAGGGCAAUAACGAUGCUGGAGUCGGCUGCGCUCACGUGAACGACAACAAACAGCAGGCACCGUGUCUGCUAACACACCUGCUUCACAUUCUCCUGCGGAAGCCUUCACAGAAAGAUGUUUUCACGGCAGACGAGCACACGCAGGGUGUAAACGAAGACACGGUUGCAUGUUCCCAGUUAAGAAGAGAAGAUGGUGCUGGUUGUGGUCGGUGCUCUCCUGUGCAUCUCUUGUUGGGUCUCUCUCUACUUCCUCCUGUGUAACCUCAACGGGUCCAGGAGCUACGAGUGGAACUGUCGCCUCGUCACCCUGGUCCACGGCAUCCUGGCAGUCUGCAUCACAGGGUACAUAGGCUAUGUGGAUGGACCCUGGCCCUUCACUUAUCCAGGUACUAAGAACACUCCUCUGCAGAUAAGUGCCAUGGUGGUGAGCCUGAGCUACUUCAUUUUUGAUAUGGCCUGGUGUGUGUACUUCCGCACAGAGGGACCCGUUAUGCUGGCCCACCACACCUUGAGCAUCCUGGGAAUCCUAUUGACCCUGUGGUUGGGGGAGUCUGGCAUUGAGUCCUGCGCUGUGCUCUUUGGCAGUGAAAUCACCAACCCCCUCCUGCAGGCACGCUGGUUCCUCAAACAGACGGGACGGUACAGGACGCUGACCGGGGACGUUGUGGACGUUCUGUUUGUGCUGCUGUUCGUGUUGAUGCGAGUCUUUGUGGGAGGCACAAUGCUGUACUGUGAGCUGAUCUCCCCAAGACCCAGAUUCUUUAUCAAGUGUGGGGGAGUGGCUAUGUACGCUCUAUCCUGGGUGUUUAUGGUGGACAUUGUUCGAUUUUCCAUUCGGAAGAGCAAGAGCUGGCAAAAACGGAAGACAGACCAACAAGAGACAGUGGCAGCUAAUGGUCAUGAAGGGAAGAAGGACUGAUGGCUUGUGCUUCUCGAAAGGACAUUUGUUUGUGUUUUUCAGUCUGGACGCGCAAGUACAAAGAAAAUCAUCUUUUUGUAUGCUGAGCUGAUAUUUCAAAGUCAUAGUUUUCUAUGUCAAGAAAUGACAUCUGUCUGUAAGGUCCCACACCUGCACAUUUUUUAAACAACUCAUUUUUAUACAACUAUUGCAACACAAGUUUGAUUAUUGUGUAAAAUGUGCUGUUAAAAGACCACACAGAUAUGUCCCUGAAAAGCCGAGCACUCUCUACAAACACGAGAACAGAUGUUGCUUUCAUUUGCAUUGAACUGUGGCCUAGUGGGGCUCUGAAGGAAGGCUGAAUGUUAGGAAAGAGACCGUUUACAUGUACUAUCCUCCAUGUGAGACUUUUCCAGUCAUUUCAAAAUGUUAGGAUUGGUUACCUUUUAACCCUGUGGGGGUUGUCUUUUUUUUGAGCAAGGUAAACUUUGAGCAGAUGUGAAAGGUGUACUCAGGGAGAUGAAGUUCUAUCAGAAAGUUGGGACGCACUCCAGAGAAAGUGUGUGACGUGUUUUGAUUGCUUUGUUUAAUUGACGUCAUAGUUAACGUUUGCUUGCUGUCUAAAAGCCUGCGCAAAAACAUGUCCUUAAUUUCACUUCCCUCGUGUAAAGGGAUACAUGGAGGGGAACAUCUCAAUAGCUCUACACUGGUAAUUAUGUUAUAGUCCUUUCAGAUAUUUAUGUUAACUAUAAGUACCGUGACAUGUUUGGGGAAAUAGUGUCAGAAUGUGUACUUUAUAUAGUAUAUUAAGUUAUGUGUGUUGUAUGAUUUCAAAAGAUUGGCACUAUACUAAUAGCUCCCACUUCAUUUGACGGAGUCGUGUUUAAGUCUCACAAAGAUUUUUGUCAGGCAAGAUCAUUAAACACUAUUUAUUGUGA